AGGAUUGUGACAUAUGAAUACACUAAUAGAUGGGGAUGAAGUAGAGACCUGGAAUGUAACUAAACCUUCUAAAGAUACGACCCCUAAUGCUCCCAAAGGUCUAGAUCCUCAGAAAAGGGAGAUGUUAGAAGCACGAUUUGUCGGAAAGAACUCUUCGCCGAUUCAGCCAGUCAUGCCGCCGAGAAAACUUGAUUCAGAUUCUAAGAGUUUAGGACUACAUGAGUUCAGUGAUAACAGCAUCUCACAAGACGGUAUCUUGUCCCCGGCUGGAUCCCUUGCCGACAGGAAACGGCGCCGACUCGACAUGGACGGCGUUAAAAGUCCUGGUAACCGUAGCGGUAGAAAGAUCAGUGAAUAUUUCAAGAGCAACAACCCCCAACUGGACAAUUUAAACGGAAAUGCCAGGAAACCAGAAUCUGUCCUUAUAUACUCCGACAGCCAGGACGGAGCUGGAGCUAACAAUGGGAGACCGAGUACAGGGAACCAGGAACCCCUAUAUCUGAGAGCGGGAGCUAGCAGCGCUAACGACUCCAACUCUUCCUUUCAUUCGAACACUUCCUGUACUAACGAGUCAGCUUGUCAGACUGUGGUCACAGCGCAAGACUUGCGGAGAUUAGAAGAGAGCAGAAUGCCGCCCCCUUCAGAAUCAUCUCAACUUGUUGAGCUGGAGCUGCGCAGAACUAUUGAAAACCUCCAGAAUCAGUACAAGCAGAGGGAGGCAGAGUUCACCAGAGAGUUGGAGCAAGAGAGCCACAGAUACUCUGAGUGCCAAAAAGAGCUGAAAAUGCUCCUCCUCGAAAAGGUGGACAGAUACAGUAAGCAGUCGCGGGAGAGGUGUAAUAACAACAAGUUGAGAUUAGGACAAUAUAAUACUGUUAGAUCAGGAGCUCACUACCAAGAAGACUGGGUGAACGGUUAUGCGUUUCGAGAACACAAACAGAGAGUCGAACGAUUUAAACAGAACAAAGAGAGUUUAGAAAACGAUCAGAAAGUUCUUCGUCAAAAACGUAAAAUGAUGAACGGUCCGACUCCUAAGAAGGAAAAUAAAAGGAUUUCUGGGGAUGUUACACCGGUCAUAGACCAGCAGGAGCUUCACGAAAUGGAAGAAAUUCUGAAGAUAAAAGCUGCUGCACUCAAGAAGGAGGAGCUCGAUAUUCAGACCGAGAUCGAGAAACUGCAACAAGAGUGUCAACUUCACAUGAGAGAGAGCAAACGAAUACAGGCUGAAAACAACAGCAGAUUUAAAGAUAAUCCCACCCUGAAGAAUGGGCGGUACCUCCUGCUACACUUAAUUGGUAAGGGUGGGUUCAGUGAAGUCCAUAAAGCGUACGAUUUCGAAGGACAGCGUUAUGUUGCUUGUAAAGUUCACCAGCUUGCGAGUGAGUGGAAAGACGAGAAACGCGCCAACUAUUUGAAACAUGCUGUUCGGGAGUAUGACAUUCAGAAGAGUUUAAAUCACCCUCACAUCGUAUCACUGUUUGACGUGUUCGAGAUAGAUCAGAUGUCAUUCUGUACGGUGCUAGAGUUCUGUGAUGGCAACGACUUGGACUUCUACCUUAAGCAGAAUAAAAGUGUUAGGGAGCAAGAAGCUCGUUGUAUUAUAAUGCAGAUAGUAAGCGCUCUUAAGUAUCUUAACCUCAAGAAAAACCCUGUUAUUCACUACGAUCUUAAACCAGGGAAUAUUCUGCUGGUGGGUAAGGGAGACUUUAUCGGCAGCCUAAAGAUAACAGACUUUGGUCUCAGUAAAAUAAUGGAGAAUAGUCACGACGGUGGUAUGGAGCUUACUUCUCAAGGAGCCGGCACAUACUGGUACUUACCUCCAGAGUGUUUUACAGAGUCACCCAAGAUAUCCAGCAAAGUAGAUGUCUGGUCUAUAGGAGUCAUCUUUUAUCAGUGUUUAUAUGGCAAGAAGCCAUUCGGUAACAACAUGGCACAAGACGCUAUCCUCAAGUUCAACACUAUCUUGAAAGCUAAGGAAGUGGAGUUUCCAGCUUCCCCUAAGAUAUCACAGGAAGCCAAGACGUUUAUAAGAAAGUGUUUAUCGUACCGGGCUGAUCUGAGAGUAGACGUGUUGCAGUUAUCAGAAGAUCUUUAUCUCAAACAACCUCCCAAGCGGACUAAGAGCGAGAAAAUGCAGCCCCCGGUGGUACCAGAAGCGCCCCCAUCUCCCAUUCCCCAGACAAUGGGCACAUUCCUUCCUCCAGUAGUAACCAGUAGUCACUCCUAACCCUGCUCCAACGUGCCGCGUUGUCAUGACAACCUAAGCGUGCAGCGCGCGCACACCUCCCUACAUUAUUCAUGUGCUCUGAGACGAGAAAAGAGCUGCGAGUGUUAGUUGAAAAUGCUUCCCGUCUCAAGUUUACACCGUCAAAUUUCCUGUUUUGUACGUGAUCAUGGAAAAUAUUUCUUUAAUUGCGACAAGUAUAUUUUUAUUGAUAACAGAUUUUUAAGGCACGGGAAGCAUUUUCGAUAUUGGAACGUGUUAAGACACCCGAACACUUUAGUAUGAUUUACACAAAGUUGUAAAAGACCAUUUUGCUACGUUGCCUAGCGAUUUACUUUCUUUAUUUACAUUGCGAAUUUUGUUUGAAAAAUUUAUAUAUGUGUGGCGUGAGUAGAUAGGAGAUAAGAAGGGCGCUACUUAAUGACGUCAUAAAUCACGUUUAAUGACGUCAUAUCUCAUGUUUAAUGACGUCAGAUACCAUGUUUUAUGACAUGAAGUCUGUUUCGUCACGACAUCGUUUCUGGUGACGUCGUUAUUUGGUCUACAAUUUUAAGCUUUAAAAUUUAGUAAGUUGCCCUUACAUUAGAAUUCUCCUUACAGUGAGAUAAGUACUUAACUACUACUUCAUGAUAAAAUCCCACGAUUUUGAGGCACAUUUCGGCUCAUCGCAAUUUCAACAGAUAAGUUUUAACGACAUAAUUCCAAUGUCAUGGUUAAGUACAUAGUUUGAAAUGGUGUUCAAUAUUUCAUUUGAAAUUGGUCAAAUAGAUCGUUUAGUAAGUAGUACACUGCACUACUCAAAAUAACAGAGUUACUUUAACUUUUUUUUUAACGUAAAAAUCUACGAAAUUUUCAUUCUCUAAAUCACGCUCACCAUUAAAAUCAUCUUGAAUUCAAAUGUUCGGCAAAAUCUAUGAACAAAUUUGAAAUUUCUCACAGGUUGCGUUAUUAAAUUUUCUGAGAGCCCUCAUUAAUUUCAUUCCUACGAUACCAAAUAGACACCACAUCUCCGAAAAUGUAACUAGCGAUGAGCCGGUGCCAGUAGAAUGGUUUAAGUGCGCUUUUUAGAAUGGAUGCUAACUGGCAGGUUGACUAGCGGAGUAAACUGGUCCGGGUAUUAACUUUAUCAGCUGUAGUGACAUGCACACGUGAUUCCGACUACUCUCCACGUGCACAGAAAUUCCGGACUUAUUUUGAACCUAUGAUGUUUGCUAAGAUCGUGUUCUGUAUGUAAAAUUAGGUACUUUUGUGGUUGAGAGCGCGUCGGAAUCUAGUGCUGUGUCCACUGAAUGCGAUAGGUUAUGAGAAUAGCCUGGUAACAAUGGUUUUGAUCAUUUGAACUGAAAAUUGUUGUUUUGGGGUUGUUUGAAUUGCGUUCCUUC